UAUCACAGUAAGCGGCUGGUGGUGGUGGUACCCAACGAGACGUCCUUCCAAGGGCGGCGUGCAUACACCAGCGAGGACGAGGCAUGGCGGUCCUACUUGGAGAACCCUCUGACUGCAGCCACCAAGGCCAUGAUGAGCAUCAAUGGAGACGAGGACAGUGCUGCAGCCCUGGGACUGCUCUACGACUAUUACAAGGUUCCUAAAGAAAAGAGAUUGUUGCCCAUCGCCAAAGUGGUUGAAAUUUCAGAGGAGCAGGAAAAGAGGGGAGCCUCGGGGACCAGCAUCAACGGCCAGCAGGGUGACACCGUACAGAUGGUGGACAACCGAGUCCAGGUGCUGAAGUCUGUCCCAGUCAACCUGUCCCUCAACACUGACCACCUGGACAAGAGAGUCAACAUGUCCCUCAACACUGACCACGUGGACAAGAGGGAGGAGUACGGGUCGGGGACGGGUGACGGACCUGGGGCUAUUGCCUUGGUGAAGGCAGAGAUGUAUGCCCCGGUGUUCAUGGGCCCUGGGGUCGGGACGGGGGUGCACUACCGAGUGGAGGGCGAGGAGCAGGGGUCAAGGGUCGUCUAUGAACAGAUGAGUCCGUAUGUGUCCGAUGUGUCAACGGUUAGUCACGGAGGAUACGUUAAGGAGGACCAGCGCAGUACGCCUGAUGACAGCCCGUAUGAAGAGGAGAGCGAUGUGAAAUACCACACACCCAAGUCUAUAGCACAGGAAGAGUUUAUCUUCGACCAACAAGUAGUGGAUACGUUUCAGUACAAGCUGGAAGCCACCAGGUCACUGCGUGUGAAGCAGGGGGAGGGGCCCAUGACGUACCUGAACAAGGGCCAGUUCUACGCUGUGACGCUCAGCGAGCUGGGAGCUAACAAACGCCUGAGACAUCCAAUCAGCAAAGUCAGGAGUGUCAUCAUGGUGGUGUUUAGUGAAGACAAGAACAGAGACGAACAGCUGAAGUACUGGAAGUACUGGCACUCCCGCCAACACACUGCUAAACAGAGAGUACUAGACAUAGCGGACUAUAAGGAGAGCUUCAACACCAUCGGUAACAUUGAGGAGAUUGCCUACAACGCUGUCUCCUUCACCUGGGAUGUGAACGAAGAGGCCAAGAUCUUUAUCACAGUGAACUGUCUGAGUACAGACUUCUCGUCUCAGAAGGGGGUGAAGGGUCUUCCUCUGAUGAUCCAGAUUGACACCUAUAGCUACAACAACCGCAGCAACAAGCCCCUCCACAGAGCCUUCUCUCAGAUCAAGGUCUUCUGUGACAAGGGAGCUGAGAGGAAGAUAAGAGAUGAGGAAAGGAAACAGAACCGCAGGAAGACUAAAGGGAAGGAUGGAGGACUAGGGGUGAUAACUCUCCCUAAGAAGCCUGACACCACCUACUUCAAGACCAUGACUGACCUGGAGGCCCAGCCUGUACUCUUCAUCCCUGAUGUCCACUUUGGAAACCUGCAGAGGGCUGGACAGGUAUUUGCCUUUAACACAGAAGAGAUUGAAAGAGGAGGGAGUGUGUUGGUGAAGAGGAUGUUCAGACCAUCAGAGGACGACCUCUCACCUCCGUCCCACAAACAGAUCAAAGAGGAAACACACAAGAGAGUCCUGCUGUAUGUGAGGAAGGAGUCAGAUGAGGUGUUUGAUGCUCUGAUGCUGAAGUCUCCAACCCUGAGAGGCCUGAUGGACGCAAUAUCAGAGAAGUAUGGAGUUCCCACUGAGAGGAUAGCCAAGAUCUACAAGAAAAGCAAAAAAGGGAUCCUGGUGAACAUGGACGACAACAUCAUAGAGCAUUACUCUAAUGAGGACACCUUUAUCCUGAGUAUAGAGAGCUACGCUGACGCCUACAAGGUCACACUCACCGAAAUAUGAUGUCUGAAUGAGUGUAGGGCCGG